UGCGUUGUCCUCGUUCCUAUUCUAGGCUGGAUGCGGAAUCGAGGCAUGGUAGCUACACAAUUAUAGUUUUUGCAGUGAUUAUUAUUUUGCACAACUUAGGCAUUAAUACUAUGGUACAGUGAAUUGCAGUAAGUACGAUUGCAUGACACACGCAAAUUAUGUGUUGUUCAGCCAGGUUCGCGUGAAAGUUUACAAACCCUUUAUGAAUACAACGGGUGCCCCUACUUGUUGAAUAUUCAUUAUUCUAUGCUCGUAAAAGUACAUACAGUGAGCCAACCUUCACUUCACGGUAACCAUUUGUGGGGAAAGGAUGCUUCGACCCAAAGCGCAAUCUAUUCGAGCGCAAGCCAAACAACUUUUUCAAGAAUAUUGUUCCAACAGUUCGGUCCACGGAGUUCGCUAUUUAAGCUCGCGGGAGCGAGCCGGAUGCGAAAAGUUUUGGUGGUUGUUAGUGUUCAUCGUUUCCAUCGGCAGCUGUGCUUUGCUGAUUCAGAAAACCUACCGGAAAUGGGAUCAAACUCCGGUGAUUGUGAGCUUCGACGAGAAGCCAACCCGCGUUUGGCAGAUCCCACUACCAGCGGUGACAGUUUGUCCGCAGACGAAAACACGCUUUACCUGGUUUAAUUUCAGUCGCGAACACGCCGAGAGUAUCGACGAUAUUCCAGACCGAAAUCUGACGGAUAACUUCCUUGCAAUGAUGCAAGUGUGCGAACGAAUAUUUUAUCAUCUGUUUUUUACCAAUUACAUCCUGCCAAACAAAACCGGCUCGGAAAGUUAUGCUGCUCUGAUCGAGAACAUGUCCGUUCCCAUGUAUCACAUCAUUGAUUUCUGUUAUUUUCGCGGCAAAUUUACCAGAUGUACGAAUCUUUUCCAGAAAGCCAUAACCGAAGAAGGGAUUUGUUUUACAUUCAACGGUCUUUCGGCCAAGCAGCUACUUCGCACGGAGGCAAUUCUGGCCGAAGAUCUUCUUAUGUCUGACACUAGCAAUUCGCUCGAUUGGACUCUAGAUCAAGGUUAUCCUCCACAUUCGAAUCUAUCAUCAUACCCAUAUCGAACAGCAGUUUCGGGAUAUUCAUCCGGACUUGCCAUGAAUCUGGUAUCCAACGAUUCCUAUUAUAACCAUCUUUGUGGUGGACCGAUUCAAGGGUUGAAGGUUUUGCUGCACUCUCCCGCUGACUAUCCUCAGGUGUCGAACAAAUUUAUCCGCGUGCCAAUAAACCAGGAGGUCACCAUCGCAGUCAAACCGCAAGUUAUUACGACCUCGGAGGUACUGAGGAACUACGCUCCCGAGCGUCGUCAGUGUUUCUUUAACCACGAAAGGUAUCUGAAGUUUUUCAGAGUCUACACUCAGGAUAACUGCGAACUCGAGUGUUUGACGAACUUCACCCUGCAGUACUGCGGGUGUGUUCGGUUUUCGAUGCCUCGUUCCAGCCGAACUGAGGUAUGUGAGUCCAACAUGAUCGAGUGCAUGAUUCUGGCGGAGAACGAGUUGUUUGAAAGGGAUGUCGUUGAGCAUCGAAAGGGCGAGAAGAAUUACCGAGCCGGUUGUAACUGUUUGCCGUCAUGUACUUCGGUGCAGUAUGACGCCGAAAUUACACAAACAGACUUCCAAUGGGUUAGCUGGAUGCAGGCCUUGAAAGUAAAAGUGAAUGAAUCCAAAGGGGUUCAUCUCUCCCGACUCGGGAUCUACUACAAGGAGGCGCAGUUUAUAGCAUCAAAGCGAAGCGAGCUAUUCGGAUUGACGGAUUUUUUGGCCAACUGCGGUGGACUACUGGGACUUUGUAUGGGUGUUAGUUUGCUGAGUUUGGUCGAACUGGUAUACUUUUGUUCGGUUCGGCCGCUUACCCAACGGCGAAAGCUGCAAGAGAUGGCUCCAAGCAAGGGAAAAGAAAUAUCGGCCAUUGGAUUUGACUCAAUUUCAACUGGAAAUGAUUGAAUCAGAUCAGAGAUCUUCGGGGCUGGGGUCCAAGAAAUAGAAUUUCUUUUACCAAUGGAUUUUAAUAUGACAAGCUUACUUUAAAUGUAUAACCAUUAUGUUCAAUUCCCACGGAAUCUGCAACGGGCUACAGUGAUUUCGGAUAGAUCCACAACGAUUUGAAUUGGCUUUACAGCCGAAAAAUCGGGCAUUUCAAGUAAAGGUCUCGACAGAUGUCCUUUCGCCAACCCAGGGUCGGGUCUAGUUUCCGAAAGCUAAUAUUUUUCGCCUCUAGAACAGAAUGAAUUGAGACUAUUUACUCGAAAUUAUUCGCAACAUUGAAAUAAAUUUCUAAGUACCGUAAACUGGGGUGACAUUGAUCACUUUUCGAAGUAAUCAUUGCAUAUUUUUAGACGCAACACAUUUUUUUUAAGUUUAAUAUUUUUAAACCAUGUACUGAUGUAAGGAGAACAAGAUUGUAUGGUUUUACUUAAAAUUGUCCGCUUACAGCUAUUUUUCCAAAAACGAUUUCAAGUUGAUGUCCGUUUUCGUAUUCCGGGGUGACUUUGAUAACCUGCAUGUUCACCCACAAUAAGUUAUUGAUGUCAAUGUUUUUCAUUCAAAUAUUUGUUUAAACUGAUUCUGGAAAGAUACUUAUUGUUAAAUAGAUGUUAAUUGGUAUAAUACAAAGUAUUCAAUGUACUGUAAAAUUCGAGUAACCAAAAUUCGUAUAGUAUGUGUCCAACUAGAAUAAAAGAUUCUGAAAACCUUUAAAACUGCUAAAAUUGUUUUAUUUCAGUGCUUUAUCAAUGUACAAAAUGUUUCAUCCAUUUUAACACGUUGGAAUAUUGAACAAUAAAAAAAAGUUGUGAGUUUUAGCUUAAAAAAAUUUGAAAUAGUUGGCAAUUACACACAAAAAAUUGUAUUUAAAAUAAACAAACUCUUAAAAGUAAAUUUGGUACAUCCCACUCUAAAGGGAAAUAAUAUCUCGCUUGUAAUUUAUUACUCUUGCUCAAAUCUGAGAUUUAUUUGUUUUAUAAAAAAUAGACACUUUAUGAAGCUUCGUAAAAAUAAGGUAAAGGCAAAUUUCGGUUUUUUAAAAAUACUCAAAAAGUAUAACAAACCAGUAUUUCAUAAGUUUAGAGUAAAAAUCCUUUCAAACUAAAAUGAUUCGGUAGACUAUUCUGGUUUAAUAAGCGAUCUACGAAAAAAGUUUCGAGUGAUCAAAGUCACCCCGAUGAUCAAAGUCACCCCGGUUUACGGUAUGCAAGAUUAACACAAAUAAACGGAUAUGCUAUUCGAUUAUGACUUUUUUCAAACCAGCACUUUAUACGGUCCAACUACAAACCUGUUUUUAAAUUUCAUCCUUGCUUUUCUAUUUUUUCCAUUUUUACUUCGCGUAUCUUUUUUUUAAUUGGUCCAAUUUCGCCCCAUUUGAAGAGACAUUCUGCUACGUAAGACGUUAAACAAUUAUGCAAUAAAAAUAUGGCAACAAGCCUAUAAAAAAAUCAGGCUUUUCCCUAUUUUCCCCACCUCAACAUUAGAAUCGCAGUUUCGUCCAUUCCCGGUCAAAAAAUGAACCAAGGAUCAAACAAUUUGAGUGAAAUUUAUGCGAAAUUGGACCUUUUUAACACCCUUCCCCAAUGGGAUCGAAAUUUUAUUUUGGAAAGAAAUAUGUAUUUUUUCAUACAUUUUAUAUGAAAAUUCAUAACUUUUUUCAAAGUGAUCGAAAAAUUUUGAAAUUUGGUGGAGUACGAACACACUAUGAAAGGUUUCGUAAAACAUUUAUGUAAAUAAAAAAAAUAUUUUUGAAACAUUGUUUUUUAAGAUGAAGCCGAAAUUUGAGCAUUUUUGUAUCAUAAUUUUUAAAAAAAACUUUUUUUUAAGAAUUCGAAAACUUUCCGUUGAAAACCUUUCAUAGUAUGCUCAGUAGACUGCCCUAGAAAAUAAUGAAUUUUUGAAAACUCAAUCGGCCCACCCCUGAGUCGAUUCCUAGUCCCAUCAAGCAUACUUGCUCUAAAUUUGAAGCAAAUCGGACAAGUCUAGCUACCGGACCACCGUGCACGAAGUUUGUAUGGGAUUUUUCGACAAUUUACAUGGAGAAAACCCACUAGCGCGCAUUUUCAUAACUAAACCGUUCGUCUUCAUUUCAAAUUGAUGCUUUUUCAUUCACCAACCAAAUUUUUAUCUGCUCUGUAGAGGCCAGUUUAGGUUAAAUGUUGACAUGUUUUGCAUUUUCAAGACAGUAAGAAGUAUGUUCAGAGUAGUUUUGCUUUUUAAAACCUAGUCAAUACGACAGUACAGAGAUAUUCACAGGGUUAAUGAAAUUGAAAAUGAAUGGAAAAUGAUUGAACAGCUCGACUGUUUGCAUGAAUGAUGUAAACGAAAAAGUACGAAUUGUACAUAGUAGGGCAUGAUUAGAGAUUUGUUCCUCCUUCAAGUUCAAAACAACCUGUUGAAAAUUUGCAGCUCUGGUAGGGACGCACUAGUACACGCACUACGAUACCGUCGCUGUUGUGCUAUCUUAUGACAAACGCCAUUUAGGUGUAAACUGAGUUAGAUAUGCCACAUUACUUGUCUAAAAAAUCUAUACAAAAUGGCGUUUUCAGAAUUUUGACAUUCUGCUUAGUUACUGAGAUAUAGCGAUAAAGUGUAUAAAGUGUCUGGGGAUUGGCUCAAGUUAUCUCGAUGUAUGAGAUGUUUUUACGUGUAAAACUAUCUGAGAAACACAAUGUUAUAAUCAUUUUUAAAAUAAAAAUACACGAAUUGUGAGCAAAAUGGAAUUUAAGUUUUAAACUAUAAAUUUAGCAUGUUUUUUAUUUAUUUUUAUUUAGCAUGUUUGGCAACACUGCAACCAAAAAUAACUAUUUUUUCUAGAUUUCUGACUCAUUUCCUUCGAAAUGCAUCUCACCGACUGUUAAUAGACCAAAUGUAGCGAAAGAUAUGAAUAAAAGUUAAAACUUGCUGCUUGCUGCAUGCACACGCCAUACAAAUUUUGUCAUUAAUACACGCCUAUGACACGUGUGAGUGCGACUUUUGUUUAUAUUUUUAAUAAAAACUCGCAACAUAGUCAACCGAUCUUCGUAAUAUUUGAGAGAAUAGUACAGAAUAGAUAGUUCUGUUUCUAAGCAUCAAUUGUCUUUUUGCCUUUCUCAUAUAGAAAGGUUAUGCAAUCACUCUGAAAAACGUCAAGCUAAUCCCGGCCCGGAGGGCCGAGUGUCAUAUCCCAUUCGACUCAGUUCGUCGAGAUCGGAAAAAGUCUGUAUGUGUGUGUGUGUGUGUGUGUAUGUAUGUGUGUGUAUGUGUGUGUAUGUGUGUG